AUGAGUUCUCAGCUGCAGGUCUUCUCGCCACCCUCCAUCUCCUCCAGUGCCUUUUGCCGAGUUAAGAAGCUGAAGGUGGAGAGCAAUGUGUGGGACGUGUCCACCACCGAGGCUUACAGCUCCAUAGCGGGUCAGUCUGCAUACACGUUCACCCCGGCCAUGGCUGUGCCGCCCUUUGCGCCAUCCCUCGUCUUUCCCCCGACCGCGCCCGUCUCGAGGGGGCAGGUGGUGGUGCGGGCAGCCGACAGCACCGGCAGUCUUCCCCGUGGAUCCAGUCGACGCGUCUCUGAGCAGGCGACGUCCUCUUCUUACGCUCACGAGACGGUCCCGGAGACCAGGGGCCACCGCCAUGGGCAGAAGAGGAAAGCGGAGGAGGCCAGUGAGGGCAGCGGGAGCGGGUGUGGCAGCGUCCAGAUCUUGGAGGAGCUCUCGGCUCCUGCGGCAACUUACUCCACCCGGACAGGUGGCGGCGGGGGAGGAGGCACCGGCCAGUCCAUACCUCACUCGGCUCCCACCACCAAGAGCAGCAGCUCCAACGGAGAGGGGGACUAUCAGCUUGUGCAACACGAGAUCCUCUGCUCGGUGUCCUGCAGCUACGAAGUGCUGGAGUUCCUUGGAAGGGGCACGUUUGGACAAGUGGCCAAGUGCUGGAAGAGGGGCACCAAUGAGAUUGUAGCCAUCAAGAUCCUGAAGAACCAUCCUUCCUACGCUCGCCAGGGCCAGAUUGAGGUGGGCAUCCUGAACAGACUGAGCGCCGAGAACGCAGACGAGUACAAUUUCGUGCGGUCCUACGAGUGCUUCCAACACAAGGGUCACACCUGCCUGGUGUUUGAGAUGCUGGAGCAGAAUCUGUACGACUUCCUCAAACACAGCAAGUUCAGCCCGCUCCCUUUACGCCAUAUCAGGCCCAUCCUGCAGCAGGUGGCUACAGCACUGAUGAAGCUGAAGAGCCUGGGCCUGAUCCACGCAGACCUGAAGCCUGAAAACAUCAUGCUGGUCGACCCCCUCAGGCAGCCCUACAGGGUGAAGGUCAUCGACUUCGGUUCAGCGAGUCACGUAUCCAAAGCAGUGUGCUCAACCUACUUACAGUCUCGCUACUACAGGGCUCCAGAAAUCAUUUUGGGCCUGCCGUUCUGUGAGGCCAUCGACAUGUGGUCUCUGGGCUGUGUGAUUGCUGAGCUGUUUCUGGGCUGGCCGCUCUACCCUGGAGCUUCGGAGUAUGACCAGAUCCGUUACAUUUCUCAGACUCAAGGCCUUCCAGCUGAGUACCUCCUGAGCGCCGGCACCAAAACAAGCCGCUUCUUCAAUCGAGGCCCCGACUCCAGCUACCCACUCUGGAGGCUAAAGACUCCAUCAGAGCAUGAAAUGGAAAUGGGCAUCAAAUCCAAGGAGGCCAGGAAAUACAUCUUCAACUGUCUGGAUGACAUGAUGCAGGUGAACCUGUCCUCUCACUUGGAGGGAACAGACAUGCUCGCUGAGAAAGCCGAUCGUCGGGAGUUCAUCGACCUGUUGAAGCGGAUGCUCCGGCUGGAUGCGGACAAAAGGAUCACGCCGACGAAAACUCUGGGCCACCCCUUCGUCACAAUGAGCCACCUCAUGGAUUAUCCCCACAGCUCCCACGUGAAGUCGUGCUUCCAGAACAUGGAGAUCUGCAAGCGCAGGAGCUCCUACGACAGCGGGAAAUCCCUGUACUCCACCAGCGCCGUGCCCAGCGCUGCGGCGGGAAACCUCACUGUUACCUUCAGUAGCCAGCUCAACCAGCAUAAUCAGGUGCCUUCUGCCGGGGGUGCGGUGCCUUUGCUGAACUACCAGCCAGCUCUGUACCAGCAGGCGACCAUCAACAUUCCUGGACUGGCUCAGCAGAGCGUCCCCAUCCCAACACGUCCCGCCGGGCUGUGUAGCCAGACCGAACCCUUCCAGCAGACCCUCAUCGUCUGUCCUCCCUCCACUAUACAAGGGCUUCAGUCAUCCAGUAAGAGUUCCAGUUUCCCAGUGAGGGUGGAGAACUCUGUACCCAUAGUACCUCAAAACCAGCCUGCUCAGUCAUUGCAGAUCCAGCCAAAUAUGCUCACACAAGGUUCCUGCACACCCCUGAUGGUGGCCACCCUGCACCCUCCCCCAGCAGGCAUAGCCUCCCAGUACUCUCUGCCCCUCGGGCUGGGCGCCGGGGUGGGUCGGCCCACCCUCCUGGAGCACACAGCCACAGUGCUGCAGGCCUGGCCCACCGGCACCCAGCAGAUCCUCAUCCCGUCGUCGUGGCAGCAGGUCCCGGGCGUCGCCAUCCACAGCUCCGCUCACCAGGCCAGCGCCGCCGAGUCCUCGCACGAGACGCCGCAGUCGGACGCGGCGCUGCAGCAGGGACACAGCUGGCGGAGCAUCACUCAAGCCAGGACUCAGCAGGAGAGAAAGAAAGUGAAAGCUCGGCGUGGAGAGAACAGGAACAGAGGUGCGUCGUUGCUCGGCGGCGUCUGUGCGAGCCCACCCCCUUCCAGUGCCGCUCUGUCUCAGCCAAUCAUCAUCUCCGACACACCGAGCCCGGCGGUCAGCAUCAUCACCAUUCACAGCGACACCGACACCGAGGAUGAGCGCAAGUUCCAUCCCGCCAGCGUUGGAUUGAGCCAGCGCACCAACGUCAUCAGCUGUGUGACCGUCCACGACUCGGACUCGUCCACCGCCAGCCCCCUGACGCCGCUGCCCCGCACGCUCCACGCAGGCGGCGCCGCCGCCGCGUCGUCGCGCCAGGCCAAGUCCCUGGCGGUGGUGGCUCCUUCGGUCAAAACGCAGGCGGCCGAGAGAGAAGUCUCGCGUGGGACCGUGAACUACAUGAAGCCUAAGAGAUCGUCCAACCGACAGCCCUGCAGCUCAGGGGAGAGCGUGGAGCGUCACGGCCUGGCGCCCAGCCAGUCCCACCCUUUAAACCUCAGCCAGGUUCAGUCCGUGGUUUCUUCAUCUCAGGAGCGCUCGUCCCACAACGACUCGUCCUUACGCCGCCAGCAGACAUUCCCUCCGGUGGUCUCCGCCUCACACUACAGCUUCCCGGAGGUGUCGGCGCUGGUGUCGGGCUCCGCCCCCGCCCCCGGCCUCUACACCUACCCCGCCUCCAGCGCCCUGUCCUCGGCCUCCCAGGCCAUGGAGCAGCUGCUGGGCCGCGGCCACGGCGGCCACGGACACUCCCCCUCCGCCUAUGCAGCAACGUACACCUCAUCGUCGUCGUCGUCGUCGUCCAGGAGAGACUCGGCCAGUCGCAAGGACUCGGUCAGCAGCCUGCUGCACGGCCUGCCCACGGCCUACCAGCACCAGUUUGCCGCCGGCUCCCCCUACGUCAGCGUGACGCCCCGGGCCGAGGCGUACAGUGCCUACCAGCUGAGCCCGCGGCGCCUCACUCAGUACCCCUACUUGUAGAGAGCCACUCACUUUAACUGUAAGAUGGGAACAUCUUAACUCUGACACACAUUUAGCACAAAGGGACAUUCAAACUGUAGAGUAACCACAGUUGGUCACUUAACGUGUUUGCUGCUUUUAACGACAGAACAGCAUUUCACCUCCAGCUCAUUUAUAUGCUCUUCUGGACUGUUUUAGUGUUUUUUAAAAAAAAAAGAGAAAAGUUCUUUGGUAUUAUUUGUAAUGUAUCAUUAUAUUUUAUGUUUUAAAACGAAAAUGGCAAAAAAAAAAAACAACAUAGUUUAAGGCCCAUAUUUUACCCCCAGUGUAUCCGGUGUAGGCGUCGUGGUAAAUGUAUUUUCCACUCGUUUAUCUUGAGGUUGUUCUGUGAAGAGAGAUACUUUCCUCUUCCUCUCAAGGUGAGCUUUUAGAUGCCUGACUUUUAAGACUAGUGAAGCUGACGGUCCUUAGUAUUUAAUGAGCCUUACGACUACGUCGUCACACUAACCCACUGAGGCCCCCCCCCCCCCCCACCACCACCCCCUAACGCCCCCGUGUUUUCAGUGAACGUCAUAAAGACUGUACUUUACCCACGUCUGUUUACCUGCAAACUAUGUUUUUAAGUUAUGUUUUCGUCAAGUGUGAGUUUAGAGGAACAGGAGGCUCCGUGAAGAGGUGUGGUUAAAAACUGUGAUGGAUACAUGUUUAAUUUAAAGUGCACAUGUGAUGGUCUGUUAAUGUAGUGACAGUGUUUAGACAGGGUUGAGCAUGUCCUUAUGCAAUAGAAUCUGUUUCUGUUUGUUUUUGUUUCUUUGUUUCUUUUUUUUUUUUAACCUUCAUUAACUGAGUGCUGAAUGUAUUUAUGAAGUUCAGAGUGGGAUCUCAAUCAUGAGGAUUGACGUGAAAAGCUUUUGUUUUAAAUUGUUUGGGGAAGGUUAAAAAAAAAAAGUUUAAUUACUCCCUCGCAUCUUAAAAUAUGCGUUUCACAUGAGCCGGAAUAAUAUUCUAUAGAAAUAUUUGUGAAUCCUGAUCAUGUAGGACCUGCGAUUAUUAAGAAGAAAUGGCCAGUUUUUAUUUGAGUUAUUUAAAAGGAAAAAAAAAAAAAAAGUUGUGUUUCAGUCCCAUUUCCUGUCUUCAACACUUUUUGGAGCGACUCGUGACGAA